AUGGCUACCACGAAGAGUCCCCCGUCCUCGGUGGACCAACCAAACCUGAAGCAUGCAGACGAGGCGCAGCGGCCCGGGAAGGAGGAAUGGAAGCCAACAACGCAUGUGAAACUCAUCAUCUACACGCUGGCAGUCACAUCUCUCAUCGUCUCUCUCGACGCAAGCGUCAUCACGACAUCCCUGAGCGCCAUCAUACAAGACCUCGAUGGAGAUUCUACUCAAGCAUUCUGGAUCGGUACAUCGUAUCUCCUUGUCAACGCCGUGACGAUGCCCUUCAUCUGCUCCGUCAGCGACAUUUUCGGCCGCCCCAUCUGCUUCGAAUUCGCCCUGGUCAUGUUCUUCAUCGGCACCGUCAUAUGUUGCACCGCCAACGACGUGGCCCAGAUGCUAGCCGGCCGUUGCGUCCAGGGAGUAGGGGGGGCCGGUAUUCACGCUUUGGGGCUGGUCAUCAUGACCGAUAUUGUGCCUUUGCGAUUUCGACCCAAGUGGUACGGCGUAACUCUGGCUGGAUGGGCUGUCGGACUCUCACUUGGCCCAAUACUGGGCGGUGCCAUCGUCCAGCACACCACGUGGCGCUGGAUCUUUUACAUGAUGUUCCCCAUCACGGCCUAUGGUAUCGUCAUUGUACCCUACCUCCUUACAAUCAAGCCCCGGACAUCGACACUGCGCCAGAAGCUCGCCAGGGUGGACUGGAUCGGAGGGGUUCUGUUCACUAGUAGUGCAACCUCCUUACUGAUAGGCGUUUCUUGGGCCGGUGUUCAGUUUGCCUGGAACAGUGCGCAGACCAUCGUGCCCCUGGUGGCUGGGAUCGUCGGCAUAGCUGCCACGAUCAUGUACGAGAACGAAUUUGCUAGGGAGCCUUUCCUGCGUAGGAGCUUGUUUGGAGAUAUGAGCUCCACCGUCACCUACGUUGGCGGCUGUGCCCAAGGACUGACAUGCUAUGCAUGGCUCUACUAUCUUACCUUUUACUUCAUGUCAGUCCUCGAGUUCACGCCGAUCGAUGCCGGAGUCGCUAUGCUUGCCAGUUGCCUGUCCAUCACCUUGGCAGGCAUCAUCAGCGGCCGUGUCGUGACUCGGUUCAACAACUACCGCUGGGCUAUAUGCAUCGGCUGGCUGCUCGCAAGUCUCGGCGCUGGCCUUACCCUGGAGUGGCAAAACAACAACCACAAGGCCGUGUGGAUUGUUACGCAGCUGAUACUCGGAUUCGGCCAAGGCGCCGUGCUCAAUGCGCAGAACUUCGCCUGCCAGGCUAUGUGUAAGCCUGGCGAAGAAGGUGUUGCUGCAGCCAUGUACGUCUUCGUGCGCCAGUUCGGAUUCGCUCUCGGCGUCAGCAUCGGAGGGACGACAUUCCAGAACGUCAUGGCGCUGAAGCUGGGCCGGCUAGGUCUUCCAGUCGAACUCGCAAAACAGGCCGAGGGCUAUAUCGACACACUGGUUGCUAUGCCUCCGUCCGAGGAGAAGAACAAAAUUGUCGACUCGUACACAUUUGGCUUCAUGGGCUGCUAUGAGGUUUUACUCGGUGUCUCCGUUGUUGCGCUGAUCCUUAGUGUGCUGUUUGUCAAACAAUGCGACAUGAAUAAGGAUUUGGACACGGAGCACAAGCUACACCCCCAUCGUAUGAUAGAUGUGUUUAGAGGUGAACAAGCACUAGAGGGCAAAGGAGUGCGUCCCGAAGAGAGCACGGAGGCGCACCGUGGGGUGGGCGAGGAGCAAAGAGAAGAGCGACAUGUGAGCCGGGAGCAGAGAGGCAUGCGCAGAACCACGACUCAACCUGACCGGGUGUUUGACGGGACAGAGAAGACCACCAACGUGAUUCUCGCUGAGAUCAUGAAGGAUACGAACGCUGGUCAUGACCAUGGUAGGAUAUAGGCGAGUCACGAGCCAAUUUCGGGGUUUCCUGAAGGCGGCCGACCCCCGGAUGGGUUCGAUAACAUAGAUUGGACAAUGAUAAUAGUCUCAACCGGGUUGGGAUGGGAAGCUGGGCCGAUAGGCGCUGAUCAUGACAGGAUCAGUGAUCUGUAGGACAGGUGCGUCACUAGUGUCCAUAUGUAGUUUCCAACGGCCGAGAUUAGGGAGAUGAGGCAAGUAAGAAGAGUUGAACUCGAGUUUGUCAAGAC